GGCAUAACCUCGUCCUUCUAGACAAGCCGUAUCGUAUCCAAAGCACAGAGCCGCGAGUGUAAAUCCACGCGGGACGCCGCGCGGCUACCCACCAACUCAGUUCCAGUCCAGCUUUCAGUCGCGCUUUCUGUCAGCAGGAAGCCGAGAUCGGCUCAGCGCGGUUCACUCAGACCACCGGCUUUCUUUUCAAACGCGGCGCGAACACGAAACCAUGUCUUAUUGAACAUAUUUUGGGAACAUGUGGGGUCGCGUCUUGUUAUUCUUGGUUGUCUUGGGGUACGCGGGUAGUCAAAGGCGGAACUUUUCCGGCUUUCCAUGUCCGGCGAAGUGCUAUUGCUUCAGGAGAACCGUACGAUGUAUGAAUCUGGAGUUGGAAGAGGUUCCUAGGUCCUCACAUGCCACCACCACUAUAGAUCUCCGCUUCAACAAAAUUCGAGAAAUCCAACCAGGCACAUUCAAGAACCACCGAAGCUUGAUAUCGCUGCUCCUGAACAACAAUCUGCUGACGACACUGAAAGACGGCACUUUCGACGGGCUCGCGCAUCUCCAGAAUCUCUUCCUCUACAAAAAUAGGAUCAAACAUUUGGACGCGAAUGUUUUUCGCGGACUCAAACGGUUGGAGAAGCUAUAUCUGCAUAAUAAUGAGCUGGAACACAUCGAGCCUGAGACGUUUUCUAAUUUGCCAUCGCUGGACAGACUCCACCUGUUCAACAAUCGUAUCAAGCACAUCUCGAAAGGCUCCUUCGAAAAUCUUCCAAAGCUGACGCGUCUCAGGGUGGAUCACAACGCGUUGGUAUGCGAUUGCGAAAUCGUUUGGUUCGCCAAGAUGUUGACGGAUAACACCAUCCGCGGCUCGGCCAAUUGCAAAUAUCCAUCGGAAAUGUACGGAAAAUCCAUCGUCGGAAUGGGCCCUAAGGAUUUCCAUUGCAGUUCUCUAGAGAUCGCGGAGGGACCCAGAGAUGUCCAAAUCUCGUGGGGCGGUACGGCAGUCUUCACCUGCAAAGUCAGGGAUCCCUCGGCAGCCAUAUUCUGGAUGAAAGACGAAAAAAUGUUGAAACCUGAUAACAAGAAGUACAAACUUAUGGAGAACGGCACGUUGAUGAUACAGAACACAAUCGAAACUGAUGACGGAUAUUACGAAUGUAUGGCGAAGAGUUCAGAUGAGGAAGUCAAAUCUAGACCUGCUAGGAUGAUCGUACUUGGUCAAGAAUAUAGUACGCAGGGUUAUGGAGCUCCAAGACUGGUGUCAGUCCCAUCCAGCAUUUCAGUGGCGCCGGGAGAAAGACAAGUGACGUUGCGAUGUCAAGCUCUGGGCGUUCCACAACCUGCUAUAAAAUGGGCUAAAAACGGUAUCGAACUACCGUCAAGUUACAAGCACCAUUACGAAUCUGAUGGGUCGCUUACCAUCAGAGACAUCGACGCUGGAGACUCGGGAAGUUACUUGUGCGAAGCUGUAAAUGCUAAUGGGAGGGUUUCUGCUGACGCUAAUAUCAUCAUCAAAGCUGCUCCAGUUUUCACCAUUCAACCAGACAACGCGAAUACUCAGAUAGGUGGUACCGUAAAAUUAGAAUGUGUGGCAGCUGGAACACCGCCUCCUGAAAUCACUUGGUUCAGGAAUGAAGUACCAGUUAGAAAUGGGGGUAGGAUAUACAUAGCUCCAGACGGCAACCUUCUCGAGAUACGGGACGCGAAGGAAUCCGAUUCAGGCACGUACGUUUGCGAAGCCAGGAACGAGAUGGGGAUGCGAGAAGUGAGUGCUUCGGUAACAGUGAAAAACCUGUCGUUCAAACCUGCCAAGCUUGUCUAUAAACCUUACAAUAUCGAAGCGAUCGUAGGAAGUACCAUCGAAAUGCCUUGCAAGGCUACGGGGGAUCCCAGACCCGGAAUCACAUGGCAGAAAGAUGGCGCUACUAUGCAGAGAACGGGGAGGUUCAAGAUUUCUUUGAGCGGGAAUCUUUAUAUUUAUAAGGUUGCACCUGAGGAUCAAGGCAGGUAUGAAUGCACCGCAAUAAACGAUCAUGGAAGAGACACGGCCUCUGGAUAUCUGACCAUCAAAAACCUGCAAGACCCUACAACUACAGGAACAGGCAGCAUUACGAACAGCAUUGACAGCCAAUUCAUCAAAAUCGCCUUCGCUGAAGCUUCUGAAGAAGUCGAUAGAGCUAUCAACAAAACUAUCGAUAAUAUAAUUCACAACGAGGGAACACAUAAUCCUGCUGAAUUGUUCAGAAUCAUCAGAUAUCCAGAUGCCCCGGCUAGAGAAUUGGCAAGAGCAGCUGAGGUAUACGAAAGAACUUUGGUCAAUAUAAGAAAACAAGUAGAGAAAGGUCGAAUGAUGGUCAACUCUACCAAGGAUUUUGAUUACAAAGAGGUGCUUUCUCCUGAACAUUUAGAACUUAUUGCUAGAUUAUCAGGUUGUAUGACUCACAGACUGAGCCGCAACUGUACAGACAUGUGUUUCCACUCUAAAUACCGAAGCAUCGACGGCACUUGCAACAACUUGCAGCAUCCAACGUGGGGCGCGUCCCUAACAAGCUUCAGGAGAGUGUUGAAACCCAUUUAUGAAGACGGGUUUGCUAAGCCUGUCGGUUGGGAUAAAGGUAGAAAGUAUUACGGUUAUCCAAAACCUUCGUCGAGGCUGGUAUCGACCACGUUGAUCAGUACGAAGAAGAUUUCAUAUGAUCCGGAGUCUACUCAUAUGGUGAUGCAAUGGGGUCAAUUCCUGGAUCACGACCUGGACCACGCCACGCCAUCCGUCAGUUCGGAAAGUUGGGACGGGAUCGAUUGCAAAAAGUCCUGCGAUUACGCGGCCCCCUGCUACCCGAUGGACGUGCCCCCAGGGGACCCCAGGGUGACCAACAGAAGGUGCAUCGACUUCGUCAGGUCCUCGGCCAUAUGUGGUUCAGGCAUGACGUCCGUGUUCUUUGACAGCUUGCAACCAAGAGAGCAGAUCAAUCAGUUGACGUCGUACAUUGACGCGUCGCAAGUGUACGGCUUUUCGGAGGAACUAGCUAGAGAAUUGAGGGAUUUGAAUAGCGACGGAGGAAGAUUGAAGGAAGGCGCUAUAUUUCCCGGAAGAAAACCGCUGCUACCGUAUUCCUCGUCCGCGGUGAUGGACUGUCGCCGGAACCUCUCGGAGAGCACCCUGAACUGCUUCUUGGCCGGCGACAUCCGCGCCAACGAGCAAGUGGGCCUGGUGGCGAUGCACACCGUGUGGAUGCGCGAACACAACCGUCUAGCCAAGGAACUGAAGCACCUGAACCCGCAGUGGGACGCGGACACCCUGUACUUCGAGGCUAGAAAGAUUGUCGGAGCCGCUGUCCAGCAUAUUACUUUUCAACAGUGGCUGCCGAACGUACUCGGCAAGAAGGGGAUGGAGAUGUUCGGAAAGUACGCGGGGUACAAUCCGAAUUUGAACCCGAGCAUAUCGAAUGUGUUUGCUACGGCUGCGUUGAGGUUCGGGCAUACCAUGAUCAAUCCGGUUUUGCAGAGGCUGAACUGGGACUUCACGCCGAUCAGAGAAGGCCACCUGCCUCUGUCCAAAGCCUUCUUUUCGCCGUGGCGCAUCGUCGAAGAAGGGGGCAUCGACCCGUUGCUGCGAGGUCUCUUCACGGUCGCCGCGAAGAUCAAGAAACCGACGGAAAACCUGAACACGGAACUCACAGAACACCUGUUCCAAACCGCGCACGCGGUUGCGCUGGACUUGGCUGCGAUGAAUAUCCACAGGUCCAGAGAUCAUGGCAUUCCGGGGUACAUCGAGUUCAGAAAGUUUUGCAAUAUGACGCCGGUGGACAGUUUCGAUGAUCUGAGAGGCGAAAUAACGGACGGUGAGGUUAGGAGGAAGCUGCAAGAAUUGUAUGGGCAUCCGGGGAAUAUCGACGUUUUCGUUGGUGGCAUCUUAGAAGACCAAGUGGACGGAGCAAAAAUAGGCCCGCUAUUCCGCUGUCUCCUGAUCGAGCAAUUCCAGCGACUCAGAGACGGCGAUCGUUUCUACUACGAGCACCCUUCGGUCUUCAAGCCCGAGCAACUAGUCCAAAUCAAACAGUACAGCUUUGCCAGGGUGCUGUGCGAUAACGGAGAUAACAUCACUCGCAUCAACAGGGACGUCUUCAAACUGCCGGAACUGCAAGGCGGAUUUGUCAGCUGCGAAGAAAUACCGAAGGUCGAAUUGAAGUUUUGGUCGGAGUGCUGCACCGAUUGCAGAUAUUCGGGACAGCUGAAUACGAUCAGCAGAUUGAACGCCAGAAGAAACAGAAGACAUCUAGGAGAGGGAGAAGUAUUCACAAAUGCUUCUAUCCCGCAGUAUGACGAGGUGAAAGUACUCAAAACUCGUAUCAUGGACAUGGAGAAAGACAUGGAAAAAAUGAAAAGCAAUCUGAAGAAAAUGAACAAGUUAGUGAAGGAACUUCAGAAGAAGUCUAUGAUUAUGUAAAUGUUUACAGAUUUUACCCUUUGUUUUUAUAAUACUGCCGUAACUUUAAUUUACUAACUGUCUUGCAUUUUGUACGUUUAGUUUUUAAGUUAUUCUCUCUUGUGAUUUUGUGAUAUUUAUUAUUGUAUGUUUUGUACUAAAUAUUUAGUUGCCCUGAUUAUUCAUUAAUGGAUUGUACUGGAUGUGUACUUAAAAAUAUUACCAAAUAAUCAUCAUCAUUUAAACAACUUUCAUGUUCUUAUGCAAGUAGAUGAUAUAAUAUUCCAUCUGAACACAAGAAUUUUGUGCCAUGUCUCAUUUUAUGUUCUAAACGUGUCUAAGAUUCUAAUAAAUGCUUUAAGCUGUAUCUAUAUUACAAAAUAUGUCUAUUACAAAUAAAUUUAUUAAAUACUG